AUGAGGCUUUCAUGGCCAUUUCAACGUUUUUUCGUGAAACUCUCUCUGAAUGAUAUUGAUUCUUUGAUAGCUGCCGCCGAGGCCUGCUUCUUCUCAGUCCGGCAAGCCGCUUAUCCAGAUUCUUGGUCGUUUCGCUUCUCGACGCGGUCUCGAUCGCGGCGCGCCGUAUGCCAGAUCGCCGACUCUUCAAACGGAAGUCCAUCGAACCCGCGCGCUGCGAUAGCUCGCUCGAACAAUGACGCCGUGGUCGAUCAUCGGCGCAUGCAAGGAAGAGGCGGCGGUCCGUCGGCGAUAGCUUCUCUCUGCCUUUGUCCUGCGUCUCCUGCAACCAGCCUGAGGUCUGGAUCGCCCCUCGCUCGCUGCCAGAAGCCAUCUGCAUCGGGGCCAGGUCGAGGAAGCGGCCAAGAUCGAACGCUCGAGCGAUGUCGCCGGCGAGCGGGCUUCCAACCGUGCGAACAUCCGGUCGAGGAGCCGAAGCCACCGCCCUCUGUCGCCCACCGGGCGACGGAAGCCAGCGCUGCCGGGUCAUCCGGACCGGUCGCCGUAAAAGGGCAGGCUCUCAAAGCUGUCCAUCUUAGUCCAGCUGCUCUCUUUAGCGCGCAGCGCGGUCACGACUGGAAAUUGUCGAACGCGAACGCAUGUUCCGCGCCGCGCGAGCAGGGCAUCGAUGGCCGCGACAAGCGGGGCCGCGCCGUUCGGCCAGAUUACAUUGCCUCAUUGGCGUUCAGCCAUGAAACCUGUUUGCCAAAGCCGUCAGGAAACGACUGCUGCCGAUUGCGUCCGGACGAACGCCUCGAAAUGGUCGAGCGCGUCCUCAUCGUCGGGCUCAUCUUGAACUCGCGCGCCCACGCGACCGGAUCGAUGCGCGUGUCGAGGUCAGGCACCGGGUCGUCUGGCGGCCGCGAUCAACACGAGCAACCCAUUCGCCGCCUCAUUGAUUUCGGUGUCGGCAGCGCAGCUCACUGCUGUAUCGACCGUGGCGCGAAGGAGGAGGGCUGGUUGCUGCGGCGAGCGAUCAGGAAGAGCAGCGCCGGGUACACGCCGUCGGUGGCAAAGUCGGCAACAAGGUCUUCCGCGAGGCUGGAAGGCAUUUCGCUAAGAUUGCGAUCUGCUGCGCCGCUGUUUUCCCUGCCAGACGCGAUAUCCGGGCAUGGAGCCAGUCGCUGUCUUUCCGGUGAGGAGCGAGGCUCCAGCAUGGGGGCGACGGAUCGCGCGAACAUCUCGUGGGUCUCCGCAUCGAGGAGCGGCCAGUAUCGGCCGAUCUCCUUGGCCAGCCGGAUGAGCGUUUCUCUCGCCUUCACCUUCAUUCGAAGCGACGCGUCUCGGCGCUGGCAAAGAUCCGCCGGAUCAAACCCGUUAACGCCUCGGCCCCAGCGCGCCAGCACAGGCAUACUCGCUCAGGAACACGGCGGACGCAUCGGUGUCUUCGGCCGCGGCGACCGUAGAGUUCCCUGA